AUGCUGCCCAAGGCCCCCCCGUCUCCCCUCCGCACAUGCUCAGUGCACUCCCUCUGGCCCAGCUGGCUGUAUCCAUGGCAACCUGCUUGGCAACCAGGAGUCGGUUGGUCUGAGGCCGUGAACUCCCAACUGUCUGAAGGGACCCAGGCUGAGGUGGGGGAGUCUGGUUGGGGCUGUGGUAAGUACCCUUGGGGUCAGAACCGUGGGCUUGGGCAGGAGCACACCCAACAGGGCCGAGCUGGGCUGGGCCAGCCGAGUGUGAUCUCGGGCCCCGGGUGGCAGCUGUCGCCUCUGAGCACAUCUACGGAGGCUACCGCCCUGGGCUCUCAGCUCGGUCGAGUCAGUCCUCCAGGUGUUUUCGCCGAGGUCUAUGGACUCCUCCGCGGGGCCUGGGACGCCUUUGCCCAAAUACUGCAGCGUGGCCACGACCCUGAAGGCCCCUGCCUGGGCCGGCACCGCUCCUCCCUGGGACCUCACCUUCACCUGCCCCCUCGCCUGCCGAGCACCCUGGCUGACCCGGCACAGCCUCCUCACCAGUUGGAGAGGCAGGGGGUCCUGCUGGUGGAAUUUGAGGCUCCCCUUGUCACAGGCCCAGAGCUGCCAGCCCAGCGGCAGAGCGUGGUCUUUGAGGAAGAUGUCAUUCAGUUCUCGCCAACCAUGGAAUACUCACUGCAACCUGGGGACAAGGUGCUGGCACCCUGGGGCCCCGACCAACAACGCUAUGGCCCUGGCACUGUUCUCUUGGGCUUGGAGGCAAGAGACCCCCAGAGAGCCUCCCCCAAAGAAGAAGAAAUUACUGUUCACUUCUGGAAUGGCAAGACAGCGCCAGUGCCUCUCAGAGGGGUCCAGUGGGUGCCCCCGGCUGUCUGGAAGAAGGCUGUGGACGGGCUGCACAAGCCUUACACCAGGGAGCACCCCAGGCCCCUCGUCUGGGCCCCUUGCUGCACUCUGGUGGGGCCGGUUGCUGGAUUGGUCACCAGUGGGCUUCCUUGGAGCCCUCCAUUCGUGUGUGCUCCCUGCUACCCACAUGCCAGCUGUCAGCUGCUGGUCCAGGGCUGCCUCUGCUGCUGCCCCCUGGCUGGACCCACCUGGUGGCCUCUAAUCAGGACCUCAGGGGUCGCAGCCAGAGAACCUCCAGAAACGGAGCUGAAGCCCACAGCCCAGCUUUUGCCCCUGGAGAGUCCUGAGGAGGAAGAAGUGGCAGUGCAGGCUCCCAUGGCUGUUUCCUCCUCCUCCGCCUCCUCUUCUGAAGACGAGGAUUUGGAGAAUGAGCUGGAGAUGGGCCCCCCUCAGAGGCUGCUGGUGGACAGCACAGUCAACACGGACCCCGUCCUUCUCGAGAAGUCUCCGAGGAAGCAGGGUGGCCUCUGCCAGCCCGAGUGGAGGUACUGGAGGAGAAACGGGCCUGAGCCGCACCCGGGGAAGCCAGGAAUAAGACUCUGCAGCACCCAGAAAGAUGAGAAGAGCAACAGACAGCAGAGAGAGAAACCUGCUGCAGCGGGAAGUCCCGGGGAGCUGGCCCUGGACGUCACUGGCAUGAAGCCGCUACAGAUCCUGCCCAAGCAAGCCGAACGCAGAAAACUGAGUCAGGGUGCUGCUGCACAUCAGGGGGGCCAGAACUCCCCCUAGACUAAAAGCCCCAUGGAUUAAGGAAGCUAAAGAGUAGAGGUGGAGCUACAGAGUGGCUGACAAGGCACCCUUCAGCAGAAAUGGCAUAGUCAGGGCCACAGAUGACAGUCCAGUGAGCAGCAGCAUCUUCACCUGUCCU